CCGAGUCCUUGCAGUGGCGACACGACUUUCUCCGGCCUGGAAUGUGCCAGUUGGCAGCAUUUCCUGACGGAUGUCUCCACCCUCUAUUUUAUCCGAUAUAAAGAAGCAGAGACAUCUCCACACACCGUCUUCUUCACCUCAGUGUCGAGAUGUCUGUUAGUUACCACGUUACCGUAUAUACUGGGGACUUGCCCCUCGCAGGCACAACGGAUGAAAUUUCCCUAUCUUUAGUGGGGUCGCUUCGGAGCUCGGAAACAUUUCGUUUCUCGAGCCUGACUCUGUUUAAAAGAGGGGGCAGUAAAAGCCUGGAGGUGAAAACACAGUCCGACCUCGGCGACAUUCUGCUGGUGAAGCUGUUCAAAGAGAAACGCUUUCCGCUUUGCGAGGACAGCUGGUAUUGUAGUCACAUCACGGUGCAAACUCUAACCAACAUCUCCUCUUUCCCAUGCUACAUCUGGCUGAGUGGUGUUGACUCCCUGGAUGUCUUGGAAGGAACUGCCUGGAAACGACAUGAGUCUGGUUCGGCCAUCCUGGAGGAAUAUCGGAAAAAGGAAAUGCAGAAGAGACAAGACAUGUACCAGUGGAGAACUUUUGCACCAGGAAUUCCAAAAAGCAUUAACUGUGCAAAGAGCAGUGACUUACCGAGAGAUGCAGUGAUGCCAUUCGGCAGGAAGGUCCGCACCUUCUAUAACAUAGAUGCUGCCAUUGUGAAGCUCGGACUGCUGCCACUGAAGAUGUGCCAUAAGGUGUGGAUUACGCUGAGCGAAUUACAAACCCUCUGUGAGGUCAACAGAGAUCCAGUCGCAGAAUACGUGAAGAAACAUUGGAAAGAAGACAGAUUCUUCGGCUGUCAGUACCUGAAUGGAUCAAACCCUGUUCUCAUCCAACAGUGCAGCGAGAUCCCAGCAAAGUUCCCCGUUACAGACGAAAUGGUCGCCCCCAUCCUGGCGAAAGGCACCACCCUCCAGCAGGAGGUCCAGAAUGGCAAUAUCUUCAUCGUUGACUACGCGUUACUGAACGGAAUUGCAGCCAACACAAAGCCAAAUCAGCAAUACCUCGAAGCACCGAUGUGUCUCUUGUACCUGAAUCCAAGGAAUGAAUUACUUCCCAUUGCAAUCCAGAUCAAACAGGAGCCGGGUCCAGAGAACCCCAUCUUCCUUCCGACGGACAGCAAAUACGACUGGCUGCUGGCCAAGGUCUGGGUUCGUCACGCUGAUACACAGGUCCACCAGCUCGUCUCACACCUGCUGAACACUCAUCUGUUUGCCGAAGUCUUCUGCAUCGCGACCCUCCGGAAGCUUCCGAGCGCACACCCCGUCUUUAAGCUUCUGAUGCCUCACCUGAAAUUCACUUUAUACAUCAACACCGAAGCAAGAGGUCUCCUGAUCUCAGAGGGUGGGGUCUUUGAUCAGGCUUUUUCUACGGGAGAGACGGCCAAACUGAGAAUCCUGCAGCGUGCUCUGGCGAACACGACCUACUCAUCUCUGUGCCUCCCGGACAAUGUGGCCUCUCGAAGAGUGGACAAGAUCCCCAACUACUAUUACAGAGAUGAUGCUCUGAAGAUCUGGCACGCCAUCAACAACUUCGUGGCAAACAUUGUUGACAUUUACUACAAGAGCGAUGCAUCCGUCCAGGAGGAUGAGGAAAUUCAUGAAUGGGCAAAGGAAAUCUUCACUGAAGGAUUCCUGGCUAAACAGUCCUCAGGUUUCCCCACGUCAUUCUCCACCAAGGGCGAUCUCGUCAAGUACCUGACCAUGGUCGUAUUCAGUUGUUCUGCCCAGCACUCUGCAGUGAAUGCCGGACUGUUUGACUGGGGAUCCUGUGUCCCCAACAGUCCUUCCACCAUGCAGAAACCAGCGCCCACAGAAAAGGGGAAAGUCACUGAGGAAGACAUCUUAAACACCUUGCCGAUGAAAAGUGCCUCGGUGGUGGUCCUUGCAACCAUCCAUCUGCUCAGUGGACCAUCUCCCUCUGAAGCGAGCUUGGGUACGUACAUGGAACAACGCUUCAUUGAACCGGAAGCUAAGGAAUGCAUCCAGAAGUUCCAGAAAGAACUCGUGUACAUCGAGAAUGAGAUAAAGAAGCGCAAUGAGGGCCUUGAGCUGAAGUAUACGUACCUUAUGCCAAGUGUCAUCGAGAACAGUGUGGCGAUAUGAAGGCCCAUCCCACCGCUGGCCAUUGCUUCCUCUGUGCUUUAUGCUUUGGGGUCAGAUGAGAAUUCAAGCCUCAAAUUUCUAUAGCGCUUAUUGCCAAACUGACUCCACUUCUUCCUUCCUACCUUCCUCUCUCUGACCUGGAUGAGGCAGAUUUGAUGCCUACAUCUCCUCAAUGAAUGCCAAGUCCCCUACUUCACGAUUGCCAGUGAGGGAUCCUCUUCAAAACAGAAUCCUUAUCCAAUGAACCCCUUCUGUAUCCUCUCCAAAGCCUCCAAGCCCUUGCAGUAACAGGGUGAUCGGAACUGCUGCUGAUACUCAGACAGGUACCUUACCAAACUUCACUACAGUGCAAGCUCCACUCAUGUACGCAGUACACUGAUCAAUAAAGGCAAAUGUACGCCUUCUCCACCACCUUCUCCACUUGCAGAGCAACUUGCAGCUCUGGACUUGGACCCCAAGAUCACUCUGGACAUCUCUUCCCCCAUCCCUCUUUCAGAACUGCGCAUCAUUUUCAGCUUUUUCUGUUAUGGCUUCCAAUUUCCAGCAUAUGCAGAUUGUUGUGGCUGGCUUUCUGGCAGCGUUCUACCUGAGCUUUGCACUCCGGGACUGCUGGGCUUCACGCUGAAUGUGAUCAUUAGGAGGUUGCAAUAAAUGUGAUCG